CGCGUCACUACAUCGUUCGCAAAGAUCAGUUGCUAUCCGCUUUUUGAGUAAAAUGUACGUUUAAAUGUACGUGCAGUUUUUUUUCAAACGGACUUCACUUCUCGGAUCUCCACAUUAUUAUCAUCAGUAUCUAUAAAUAUUUAAUGUUUGUGUUAAUUUGCGCAGUGAAACCAAGAUGGCGUCAAAACAGUCGAUGGACGACGAAAUGGCGCGUCCAAGCACGAGUAAAUCCAGAACGAAUGAUCCUCUUCAAAUAGAAACUUUACAGCUAAUUUCGAGGGUUUUGGAAAAAUGUGAGUCAGAAAAACAUUAUAGUAACAAACGCACCGAUUUAUCUAAUCCGAGUGAUCCAUUGAAACGAGCGCAAUAUUUUACUGGUUUGCAUCCAAGUUAUUUGCAGAAAAUAAAAGAAGAUCAAUCAAUCCAAUUUACGACUUAUUACGAUGAUUAUGAUGUAACAAAUUUCGAAAAAUGGCUGCAAUUGAAACUAUUCCGUUCUGUAAAACCUGGAAAUGUAAUUGUUUUAAGAAACAAGAAACACGUAAACAAGGAAUUGCUGGAAAAACCAACAUUGAACAGUUUGAAAGUUGAAAUGAAAGACUGGCUUGACUUUUACAAUGUCCCGUACGAAGAAAACAUGUCUAAAAUUGAACUUUACACGUUAGUUGAAAAAUUUACAAACAAUAUCGAUAAAUUAUAUAAAAUCGAUAAUAUUGCGAAGACAUUUGGGGUCGAAAUAUUACGACUGCCUAAUAGCGUAAGUGAUUUGUCGCCUGCUCAUACGGGGGUAUAUAUGCUCAUACAGAAAAAUGUAACAAGACAGAAAGAUUUCCAACAUUUUUUGCAAUCGUUUCAAGAUAUUGUAAGCACAGUCGACAAGGAGUACUUACAAAGUUGUGACGAACAUGUAGCUGUAGAAGAAAGGGUGACUUUAAAGACUGAUAUGAAACUAGAUGAAAUAAUGGAUAAUAUUGUUGACGUUAUGAAGAAAACCAAAUUCGACGAGAGUUUGGCAGAAGAUUCUGAUUUACCUGACUGUAGCGAUUCGGAAUAGCGUUUUAUAAUUAAGUUACUUACUUACAAAGAUG